AUGGCUUGGAUGACUUACAUUUCAAAUUGGUUUGAGCAAGAUGAUUGGUAUGAAGGACUACAAAGAGCAAACAUGUCCCGAGUAAGGCAAGUGGGAUUGCUGGCUGCUGGGUGUCAGCCGUGGAACAAAGACGUAUGUGCUGCCAGUGGAGACAGGUUUGCAUAUUGUGCAACCCUGGCUAUCUAUAUUUACCAGUGUACUAAAAUAAAGAUCUCUAUAAAUUUCUUUGAAUAUGUGAAACAUACGAUCGCAUCAGUAGUAUUUGAACCUAACCUAGGGAUACCUGCCUCCCUUAGCUGGUGCUGGAAUGCAGGUGAUGCAGUGGCAUUUGUUUCGCACAGAGGACCACUGUUCAUUUGGACCAUCUCAGGACCAGAUAGUGGAGUGACUGUACACAAAGAAGCUCAGAGCUUCUUGUCUGAUGUCUGUAUAUUCAGAUGGCAUACCCAAAAAAAGGGGAAAGUUGUGUUUGGUCAUAUUGAUGGAAGUCUAUCAAUUUUUCAGCCAGGUAAUAAAAAUCAGAAACAUGUUUUGAGACCUGAAUCUCUUGAAGGGACAGAUGAAGAAGAUCCAGUUACAGCCCUAGAAUGGGACCCACUAUCCACUGAUUAUCUUCUUGUGGCUAAUUUGCAUUAUGGAAUUCGCCUAGUAGAUUCUGAAUCGCUUUACUGCAUAACAACAUUUAAUCUUCCCAGUGCAGCAGCUUCUGUACAGUGCUUAGCCUGGGUUCCCAGUGCUCCUGGAAUGUUUAUUACUGGAGAUUCUCAAGUGGGCGUUUUGCGCAUUUGGAAUGUUUCAAAAACAACACCUAUUGAUAAUCUUAAAUUAAAGAAAACAGGAUUUCACUGCUUACAUGUACUUAAUUCUCCUCCAAAGAAAAAAUGUGAUUUAAAUUGUAUUGCUGGAGCAACUUCCCGAAAUGGUGCUUUUAUUUGGGAUAUUCAAAAGGGCAAAAUGGUUCAACGUUUUAAUGAGCUAUUAAGUAUAGUCAUCUUCAACAGUAUUAUUCGAACAAUUGAUGGUAAAGUGCUACACAAAUACAAACAUCCAGCUGCAGUGUUUGGUUGUGAUUGGAGCCAAAACAACAAAGACAUGAUAGCCACUGGCUGUGAAGACAAAAAUGUUCGUGUCUAUUACGUAGCCACCAGCUCUGAUCAACCACUGAAAGCAUUUAGUGGGCAUACAGCAAAAGUGUUUCAUGUUAAAUGGUCUCCUCUGAGGGAGGGAAUUCUCUGCAGUGGUUCUGAUGAUGGUUCUGUUCGAAUCUGGGAUUAUACUCAAGAUGCUUGCAUAAAUGUUCUUAGUGGACACACGGCACCUGUGAGGGGAUUGAUGUGGAAUACUGAGAUUCCGUAUCUACUCCUGUCCGGCAGCUGGGACUAUACUAUAAAAGUAUGGGACACUCGAGAAGGAACUUGUUUGGAUACUGUAUAUGAUCAUGGUGCAGAUGUAUAUGGUUUAACAUGCCAUCCAAGUCGCCCCUUCACUAUGGCCUCUUGCUCCCGUGAUUCUACAGUGAGACUCUGGUCAUUAACACCUUUAAUCGCUCCUUUACAAAUAAAUAUUCUGGCAGACAGAUCUUGGGAAGAAAUUAUCGGGAACACUGAUUAUGCUAUAGAACAAGGCACUCCUCCUCUAUUGUGUGGUAAAGUGUCAAGAGAUAUUAGACAAGAAAUAGAAAAACUAAGUGAUAAUCCUCGAGCAAAAAAACUAAGGUGGUUUUCAGAGUGUUUAUCACCUCCAGGUGGCAGUGACAAUUUAUGGAACUUGGUUGCUGUGAUAAAAGGGCAAGAUGAUAGCUUACUCCCUCAGAACUACCACAAAGGAAUAAUGCAUUUGAAACAUCUGAUUAAGUUUAGAACAUCUGAAGCCCAGGAGCUAACAACAGUCAAGAUGUCUAAAUUUGGCGGUGGUAUUGGUGUCCCUACUAAAGAGGAAAGACUGAAGGAAGCUGCUGAAAUACACUUGAGAUUAGGACAAAUUCAGAGAUACUGUGAACUUAUGGUGGAACUUGGAGAGUGGGACAAAGCCCUGUCAGUUGCACCAGGGGUCUCUGUGAAAUACUGGAAGAAGUUAAUGCAGAGAUAUAUUGCUGCGUGUGAGGGAAAUAUGCAAACCAUUCAUGUUUCUACACCAAAAGGAGCUUCAUAUUCUGGUGACAUCUACAAGGAAGACUUUAAUGAACUCCUGCACAAAGUUAGUAAAGAACUGGCAGAAUGGUAUUUUCAGGAUGGUCGAGCAGUACUAGCCGCAUGUUGUCAUCUAGCUGUAGAUAACAUUGAGCUUGCUAUGGCAUACCUGAUUCGUGGAAACGAACUGGAGCUGGCUGUCUGUGUGGGCACAGUACUGGGAGAGUCUGCAGCACCAGCAACCCACUAUGCCCUAGAAUUAUUGGCAAGAAAAUGCAUGAUGAUUCCAAUAUGGAAUGAUCUUCAUGAGAAGUGCAAGCUACCCACAGUAGAAGAAUGUAUGAAGUUAGCUGAGACAGCCUGUGCAGAUGGCAAUAUAUUUGAAACUGUAAAGUAUUACUUGUUAAGUCAAGAACCUGAAAAAGCCCUCCCUGUUGGUAUUGACUUUGUUAAAGAAUACAUCAGUAAUUCAAAUUGGACGCUGGAUACCGUUUACCCCAUUCUUGACCUAUUGAGUUAUAUUCGUACUGAAAAAUUAGUCUUGCAUACAUGUACUGCAGCUCGAAAUGAGUUGCUAAUAUUAUGUGGUUAUAUUGGUGCAUUAUUGGCUAUCAGAAAACAGUACCAAAGCAUUGUUCCAGCACUUUAUGAGUACACAAGUCAGCUGUUAAAACGUCGGGAGGUGUCAGUACCUUUAAAAAUUGAACAACUUUCUGGAGAACUGGAUGCAUGGAGAGCUUGUACACAGUCCACCUAUGAAUCAUUGGAAGACUCUCCUUAUACACCUCCUUCUGAUUCACAAAGAAUGAUUUAUUCAACUUUACUAAAGAGACUAAAAGAAGAAUCACUCCAAGGAAUUAUUGGACCAGAUUAUGUGACUGGAUCGAAUCUUCCAAGUCAUUCUGAUAUUCACAUCUCUUGUCUAACAGGAUUAAAAAUCCAGGGGCUGGUGUAA